CACAUUUUAGUGCUUCAGCCACCAGCGUCUAUACGGCUCAGAACAGGCACUGGAUUCUCCUCCUUGCUGUUGUACAUUAGACAAGAACCAACUAGUCUCCCUCACUAACUCUGAGUCUAACAGGCAGAAAGAAUGAAGUUGACCAUCAUAACUUUUUGCCUGAUUGGAGCAGUUUUUGCCAAUCCGAUCUUUCACAGUGCUGUUUCAGAAUCAAGUGAACAGAACUCGAACUCUACAGAAAGUAUCUCUGUUUCACAAUCGGUGGAAAACGACACCUCAGAGCUUCAGAGCUCUGAGGAAGUCACCUCAAGUCAAAGCUCAGAGUCUGAAUCAAAUGAAACCUCAUCAGAAGACAAGACUUCAGAGGGGAGUGACAGCCAAUCAGAUGAGAAUGACAAGCUGGACUCUCAGGAUGAGACAAGAGACGACAGCAUGGGCAGUGAGGAGAACGUUCGAAAGAGCUGGGUGCGAGUCUUCGCAAGUGUGGUCAAAGUCCUGCGCAGAGUGGACAACAGCACAGAGGUCACGGGUCAAUCGGAAAGCCUGAGCAAUGAGCUGAGCGAGCCCACACACACCUCCGGCAGCAGGGGAAACCCCUCGGACAGCAGCGACAGCAGCGAUGAAACUGCUGCUCCAGCUGUGGUGGACAGCAGCGAGAGCACCAGCAGUGAAAGUAAUGAGAGCAAAGACUCCAGCAACGCCAGCGAAAGCAGGGAUGCCAGCAACAGCACAGAGGAGAGUAAAGCCAGCGACAGUGCUGAGCUGGAGCGAGACAACGGCUGUGUGAACGGCACGCAGAGCUGUGAAAGUGAAGAGUAUUUCUUCCAGAGUGUUGGAGACGAUGCUCAUUUCUCUGUGGACAAUCUGAUGAUGCCAGUAGAGGAUGAAAGGGAGUUCAUUCUGAGAUGAUCGUCUGCGCUUGGCCAGCAUUGAUGUCCUCUAUAAGCCACAGCACUAUUGUUCGUACAUUUUUUUUUUUUUUUUUUUUGCAGUUCUCAGCUAAUAUAUUUUUGAAAGUGAAAUCUAUUGUGAAGAU